AUGUCUACAACUCAACCAUCUCAAUUUACUCAACCCGAUCCUACCAAUCCAAGAACUACCCCUCUCCUCCAUAAUGCAUCUCUCGCAGCCCUCAUCGUUUGUCCAAUCGUCAUGCUUAUCCCACCCCGCAAAAUGGAUGCCUAUACUUUCGCUCUUAUGGCCACCACAUUUAUUGGUGGUAAUCACUUAGCCUACGAAUAUACCGGUGUCUCAAUGAUGACCCGCAUACAAAGUCGUGUAUUGUCUUUUUCAACUACGGAAUUACCGGAAAAGGCAAAAGAAACUCAGAGAAGAGUGCGAGAAGCACAAGAAAAGAAAAGAAUGGAGGAGAGUGGAAAGUUUCUGGGGCAGACUUUUAAAUCGCAGGACGAAGGUACAAAGGGCAAGAGUGUACUUGAAGUAUUAGAAAAGAGAAGCGCUGGCCAACCAACUUCUGGAAAGGUGCAGGCAGAGGAGAAAGAAGGUGUUUUGGAAAAAAUAUGGCUAGGUGGCGAAGGGAAAGAUUGGAAAGAAAAAAGAGACCAAAAGGAGAAGGAAGCUCUGGAAGCAGGCAAAGGGUAUGGCGAUCUGAUUAUGGAACAAAUAUGGGAAGUAUGGAAUAGAGGAGAGAAGAAGAUGGAAGAGGUCAAAAAGAUUGACGAGAAAGUGGUAGACGAGAAGAAGAAAUGA